AUGGCCACGCCGGGCCCUCGUCCGCCUGCCGCCAGGGCCGUCACCUCCGCCUCCAGGGGCUUCGACAUGAAGAACCCGUCGCUCGUCGUCACGGCCGACGGCCACAUCAAGCUGCAGGACGCGCCCGUCCACGAGCCCGGGCCCGAUGAGGUGCUUCUCCACGUGCGCGCAACGGGCGUCUGCGGCUCCGACAUUCACUUCUGGCACCAUGGCCGCAUCGGUGACAUAACCGUCGACGGCGACUGCAUCCUGGGCCACGAGGCGGCAGCCGUGGUGCUCGAGGUCGGGUCCGCCGUGACGCGCGUCAAGAGGGGCGACCGCGUGGCCAUCGAGCCCGGCGUCUCGUGCGGCCGGUGCUUCCUCUGCAUCGGCGGCCGCUACAACCUGUGCCAGCACGUCGCCUUCUCGGGCGUCUAUCCUCACCACGGCACCAUGCAGCGGUACAAGACGCACCCGGCCAGCCACGUCCACCGGCUGCCCGACUCCAUCGGCUUCACCGCCGCCGCGCUGCUCGAGCCGCUGUCGGUGGCGCUGCACGCUCUGCGCACCAGCCCCGUCACCCUCGGCUCGCCCGUCGCCGUCUUCGGCGCCGGGCCCAUCGGCCUGCUGGCCAUGGCGGCCGCCCGGGCCUCGGGCGCGCACCCCAUCGUCAUCACCGACGUGGACCCGGCCCGGCUGGCCUUUGCGCGCGAGUUUGAGCCAGCCUGCCGCACGUACCUGGUCCACGAGGACCAUGAGCCGGCCGAGAGCGGAUGCAAGAUUCGGGCCCUGUUUGUGGGCGGCUGGGACGCUGCUGCGGGCGGUGGAACCGGCGAACAGAAGACGGAGACGAAGCAGAGAGAGACAAACGAGGGAGACGAGGACACGCACGCAGCGGCCGCGGCCGAGUACGACAUGCCGCAGCUGGUGCUCGAGUGCACGGGCGUCGAGUCGUCCAUCGCCACGGCCGCCUACACGGUGCGGCGCGGCGGAUGCAUCAACGUCGUGGGCGUGUCGCCGCGCAUCACCAUCGACAAGGUGCCUUUUAUGCACCUGUCGCUGGCUGAGGUCAAGCUGCUCUUCAUCAACCGCUACCACGACACCUGGCCGGCGGCCGUGCGUGCCGUCGAGGGCGGCCUCAUCGACCAGGCCCGCCUCGAGAGCCUCGUCACGCACCGCUUCGCCCUCGACGACGCCGUGGCUGCCAUGAAGCUCGUCGGCGGCGGGCGGCACCAGGAGACGCCGGCGGGAGGGGGGAAAGCGAGGGCGGUGGUCAAGGUUCAGAUUGUUGAUGGCGCGGCUAAUGCUUGA